CCCCAGGCUCAGUGCCCUGCGAGCUCUGGUGGCGGUGGGAGUUCGCUGCUCUUCGCUGCCGGUUGCCAUCACUGUAGUUGUCUUCCUAUUUGUGCUAUAAGAUUUUUUUCGAGAACAUUAUGCAGUGUCAAGUAUUAAGAAGCAUGUUGAUAAGAUGGGUUGCUUUCUGGCCCAUAGCUAACUAGAUUUCGGGCUUUCGGUAGAGGAUUAUAAAUUUUGGACAUAAUGCCCUCAUUUUUUUGAAAAUAAUAUUUAACUGUAAUGUUUAAUGAACGUUUGAUCAGGCGAAUAUUAUAACAAAAUAUUGAUAAAUACGGUACUUUGGUUUGUGGAGAGGCUGGUGUUGACGCCCUCCCUAGUGAGUGAUAUUCUUUGUACUUUAAAAGUACGGUCCGUAGACCUACUUUGUUGUUGGCGUCUCCCCUCGCGGCGCCACGACCUGUCGUCCCCUCACGGUGCUACGACCUGUCGUCCCCUCGCGGCGCUACGAUCUGCCGUCCCUCACGGCGCCACGACCUGUCGUCCCCUCGCGACGUGUAACUGACAGUCGUCCACAAGUAACGGAUGGCUUCCAUGGCGGGGUUAAUGCAGCUGUUGGCCGUCGUCGCUGUCACCACCUGGAAUCCCAGUAUUGCAGCCAUGCCUCCGGCGUCCUUCCAUAACACUCCAUCUACUGCCAUGCCUCCGUCCUCCGUUCCCACUACUGGGCAUCCAGCGGCAGCAGCGCGCAUCUCUCUUACAAUGUCUCCUGUCUUUCUGACCAACAUGACAAGGCUGGAACAUCGGGAAACAGGAGAAUGGAUGUGUCCCUACAUCAGUGGCAUAGCAGAGAUAUCGUGCACCUGUGAUGUUCCCCACACGGUUCGAUGCAGGGGCCAAGCACGGCACCCACAGGAUCUUACCUUGCUCAUACAGAAUCUCGGUUCCAAGGGCAAUGUGUCCCUGCUCGAUCUAGCAAUACAUGGACUUGGAGAGCUUCCUGGGCAUGUCUUUACCAACAUGGAGUUGUUGGGCCUAGUGAUUACAACAGCGGGCCUACAGACUUUACCCUCUAAUGCAUUUUCUGGCUUAGAGAAAACUUUGGCAGCUCUUGGUCUUCCAAACAAUAAACUGAUAUCAGUUCCCGCUGAUGCUCUAAGACACUUGUCAGAGCUGCAGCGUCUUGAUUUAAGUGACAACCAAAUACACGAACUCCCACCUCGGGCAUUCCCAACCCUUCUACAGCUCCAAAACUUGGAUCUUGCUGGUAAUGGCCUUCGUCUUCUCCACCCAGAGGUUUUCGUCCACCUUCCUCAUCUAGUAUCCCUGAACUUGGCACAUAAUCAACUGGAUGCAGCACAGAUGAACGAAAAAUCACUACGUGGCCUACAUGCUCUUCAGCGCCUGUCCUUGAAGUCCAACUUGCUGAAGGGUGCAGUGACAUCCUCACUAAUCAAAGGAGCAAAGGGUCUUACCUCUCUGGAUUUGUCAGACAAUGCAUUGACAAUGUUAUCUAGAGGUUCACUAGCUGCGUGCCCCAACAUUCAAGAACUGGAUCUAUCACACAAUAGUAUUGAUGUCAUUGAGGACCAUGCUUUUGUAAACCUCAGUAAAUUACAACACCUCAAACUGUCGCACAAUCGAGUAGUAGCUGUGUCGGGCUGGUCGCUGGCUCACUUGCCCCAGCUGACAUAUCUGGCCAUGGCCGAUAAUGCUCUCCGGGCAGUGACUGCUGACUUGUUGCACCAGCUGCCAGCUCUCAAGUCCCUGGACCUGGCAGCCAAUGAUAUUUCCCUCAUACAGCCUCACGUAUUCAACUCUACACCCGCACUGCAGCAUCUUAUCCUCACAGAUAAUCCUCUUCACUGUGACUGUUCACUGGAGUGGCUGGUCCAGUGGCUGACCCACCAUCCAUCCUUGACACACGAGGAGAAGGUCAGCUCUGUCUGCGCCACACCCCCACCACUCGAAAAUGCACCUCUUGUUGAACUGAGAAAGUUCCAGCUGGUGUGCGCUGAAGAGACUUCAUACUACGAUCAUGAUUACUACCACGAUGAUGCAACAGCUGAAGUUACCCCAGAAAUUAAACUUUCGGAUGCAGAGAUCAGCUUACAGGUAGCACACUGGGUACAUAAAGAUGAUUCAACAAAAAAUAAUGGUGAAGCAUUAGAUAAGGAAGCAUAUUUAGGAGUUGAACUUGUAUGGAGAGUAGAUGACAGAGCAAUACCUUAUUCAUGUGAAACCGUGUUUGUAUACGAGGUGGUACAGGGAACACCGAAUACACAUCAAGUGCUGGCAUGGAACGUAACUGCUAACUGUACAUCAGAUGGAGUACAUGAUCCUCAUCAAGUGAUAGUAACAGUGCCUGGGAAAGCACUGAUCCCAGGUGCUACGUAUCGAUAUUGUCUUGUGUUGCUGGAACGCGGUACAGGCGACCAAGAAGCUUUCCUGCCAGGUUGCUCUGAACCACUCUUACUGACUGCUGCCCCUUACAGUUUACCUAAACACAAUGCAGCUACUCACUUGCCCCAUGUGACAAGUCUUACUGCUGGAGGAGUUGGUGGAGCACUGGUAGUGCACACACGUGUGGAUGGAGAUGAUGCACCAUGCACUUAUACACUUGCUAUUGUUGCAGGGCAUACAAUUGCUGCAACAAGACAGCUCAAUUGUUCGGAAGCAAGGCACGAGUUUCUAGCAUUGGCUGAGGGACAUUAUGUGGCUUGUGCUAAUCCUGAUGUUCCUGGAACAACACAUGACUUUACCCAUUUAGAGCAUCAUUUGAAAGCUGCAGAAAAUAUUUCCAUGGUACUUCAUCAUGACUUCUCCAUCUGCACGCCGAUAAUUACCUUCACACCAUAUAGAGAUCAAGGUAUAGGAACGGGACCUUUGCUAACACUCUUGUUUACAUUGCCAGGGCUUGCCCUAGUUGUUACUCUCUAUGUAAUAGGGAGAAGAGUGUGGCGAGGUGGUGGUGUUCCCUGGCGUUGGGACCCAAGAACACAAAAAUCUGGAAAAUACUUCCUUUAUACAGGAGAAGUUCCAACCCCAUCACUCAGUAUGGAUCCCUUAUCAGAUGACACACCAGAAACCACCACACCAGUUUAGUGUUUCCAAUAACACACAUUUCUUCAACACUCUAAGGUAGGCAUGCCCCAACCUACACUAUUCAUUUCUAGUCCACAAAUAGUCAGGCAAGUACUGCAGAGUACUCGGUUGCAUGCAAGUGACCAAGUUAUAAAUACAUUAUCCUGGUCUUAAUGGGGCAGCAACCAUAGUGCCAUACACCUGUCAAGAGCAGAUUUGGUGUUCAUAUAUCAUUUUUAUAUUAAUAAUAAGUAUAUUUCUUAAGGUCUGAUUUAUUUUAUGCAAGAGAAACCUGUUGUGAAUAUUAUGCCCAAUAUACUAAUUUGUUUAUAACUGAGAAAUUGUUUUUUAUGACUAGUGAUGAAACUAGUGCCAUAUAUUUUACGAGAUUGAAGACUGAAGCUGCUCGGGACAGUCUAAACAAAAUGUGUUCCUGACACCAUAAAGAGGUUUGCAUAUGCACUAUCAAAACAAAAUUUGAAAGAUAAACAUGUACAUGCACCAUCCACAAUCAAUAAUAUUUUUAAUCCUGAUAUUUAUGCAAAAAUAUAAUAAUUUUGAAAGAAAUAUGAGGGCAAGACAUCUUCAGUUUAACCAUUGCUACCAGAGUUGGAAGUCGAAGGCACGGUAACACUAUUUUCUUAAAAAUGCAAUGGUUGUGGUCAUGCAGUAUAUUUUUAUGAAGUGAUACUUUCUGAAGGGAAAUAUGAAAGAAAUAGACACUAGAUGUUGUUUUAGACAAUUGUAUAAACAGGUUUUGAAAACUGCAUAUUAGAACUGGAACCAAGUUCAGCUCCCAGAAAGGAUGAGACACGGGCAAAUUUCUUGGCAUAUGCCUCUUUUUCACCUAGGAACAACUUGGUACCUGGCAGUUCAGGAAACCUGCAUAAGAGUUCAACCUUACAAAGAGAGGGAAUGAACCGAACUCCCUAAUUAAAGCAAUGGACCAAAUCGGGCUCAGUUCAAAUGAAGGUGGAGAGCUAAGCCUUGCAUGAGACAAGAAACAUGCCAUUCAGACUGCCAUAAGCUCCAGUACUGCAUUAUGCACCAAUUACAGGCAAGGAGCCUUCCAUCUCUUACCUUGAGGUGAUUUCGGGGCUUAGCGACCCCGCGGCCCAGUCGUUGACCAGGCCUCCUGGUUUAAUCCCUAAAUGGCAUGGUGACACCUGGAGAUAAACCCCUGCCCGAGGUCCAGUGCAUCCAUGUUUUGGAGGAGUGUGCGUCAUGGAACUCGACCCCAAAGAGCCAGAUGAAAAUGACAUGCACCACAGUCCUAACCACACAAUAAGAGGACACACACAGGAAAAUACAGUACAGUGCCUUCACCCAGACAUGGCCAGAGGGUAAACUAUGCAGGUGAAGUUUAGCCUGCCCAAGGCUAAACAGAUGCUCAAGGUCCUGAUGUGAAAGUAGAGAUCUAGCAAGCACCAGUUGGCAAUGAAGGCACAGCCACAAUAGAGAUAAUUGUGGCAGUUUAGAAGGCCAUUUUGGCAUCCCAACAAGUUAAAACCCGAGAAGACAUCAUGAAAUAUCCACCAUUUAACCUGGAAGUCAGUAAGCCAACUUUGAAAGAACCCAAUCCUUUGACCAGCAGGCAAGCAGACCAACUAGGGGUGGCCCAAACCUGCCAGUCAUCAAGGUGUUCUGGAACUUUGAUUCCCAGCAGAUAAAGGUGUAGGACUACUGAAAUUUGUUUUAUGAAGAUUUUAAGUGUCAGGUACAGACACAACAGCAGAGGCAAAAAGUGGUAUGAGAGGUGCCCCAGUCUGAACCUUAGUCAAUCCCUGGACUUCAAGUGGAGGUAAAUGUGACAAUAGGCAUCUCAGAAGUUCCAUUGAAACAAAUCAAGAGCCACUUGAAAGCGACUAGCAAACCUGGAAUGUGGGACAAGGAAUGUACCAAUUGGAAUACAGUCUAGAGUGGAGCAAGGUUCAUUGGAAACCACUUGCAACUGGAAAAGAAAAACAGGGCACCUUCAGUAAGGAUAGGGGUUAGUGGGCACACCCUUGUUCUACAAAUCACAAAUCACAUAGAGGAGUAUAGCAGUAGAUGGAUGACCAAGUCAUCGAGAUAGUGAGGGGGAAGGCCCCAAACCUACCAAAGACCAUGAGACACUACCCAAUAUACAAUGGCAUGGUGGGACCAAGCAUGCCAUAAUGCACUCAAGAUGUUUCCCAUCCAUUAUAAUUUUUGCAAAAAACAUUCAAACUCUUCCAUUCUACCUGCUUCUUUAAUGAAUAUAUUUCAUCAGUACUGUAUGGUAUUGUCAUCAGAUUUUAUAUAUGGUACAUGUAUUACCGAACUAUAUAGUAUCUCUUUUUCUAAUAUACCAGAAUAUUUUCAUAUAAUGGUCCAGUAGCAUCAUAGGGAAAAUGUAGCACUGCUACAUUUAAAGCCUACUGGUACUGCGAGUGGUAAUGUUAAAUUGAUUCAAGGAAAUAGCAGUAAUAACAUUUAUCAAUAUUGAGAUGUGUCAUGUAAUUAUAAAGAAGUGCUAAGCCACUAUAGCUAUACAGUAUAACACUGCUGGUACAGAAUAUUCAAUAGUUCCUAGGCAUCCAUUUAGGAUGUUAAUAGAAGAGCAGAAAGACAUAAGAUGGUUAGUGUCAAAGGAGUCACAUUCAGCAAUGAUUUUAUCAAGGGGGCACAAGUGGUGUGUAACGACUACAUGAAAGCAAAAUUCCAAUCAUCCUUACAAUAGAGAAAAAUCACCAGGAGUCAAGUGACUAAACAAUAAAUGCAGUUUGGAGAGCAAGCAUACUGUAUAUGAAGAUCUCUGAAGUUCUUCUACUCCCCGAGCCCGGCCUGAGGCAAAAUGAAGCUCUAUUCCAUUAAGUACCCAUGAAUUUAGUGUGUAAAACAUGUAACUGACCCAGAGAUGUCUCCCAUUUGCUAUUUCAAUGAUAUUGGGAGAAUUAUUAGAGAAUGUAGCAAUAAUGUGGCAGAAACAAAUAGCCCAAUAAUCCAACCCUAAAAUAUAAAAUGAUUGCCGACAUUUCAGUUUAUUCUUGGGACUUCUUGGAGUCCAUGACGGACCAAAAUGUCAUCACUUUCAUUUAAUUUCUUGCAUGCAGGUUGUGUUAUUUGAUUAAGUUUGAGCAAAAACCUCAGAGUAAUGUGGCAAUACAGCACAAAACAUGGAAAAUUGUAUUUUUGUGUGGAAGUAUUCUUGAUACAAAUAUCAUUUUUGUUUUAUCAUUAAGAACAAAAUUACAAACACCUUAAGUAUUAAUUGAAGCUUAACUGUAAAUUUUAAUAACUCUACAAUUGAUUUCAUUCCAAUUUCAAAUCAAAUAAAUUUGUAUACUGUAGUACAGUUAUAGUAAUUGGUUACAGAAAUCUUACACAUCAAGUAGUCAUUAAGUAAUUUUAAAGUUUGACUAGUCCUAUAAAUAUUUGCUCUUGUAUUAACAUCUUGAAUUAUAAUUAGGACUUACUAAGCAUUCUGCACCACAGAUGGUGCUAAGUCUUCCAGGCUUGCCAUAUUCUUUUGAGAAUUACUCUUAGUCCUAGAAAUAUAAAGUAAAUUCUGUAUCAUUAGCAUCCAUUUUGCUUUACUAAUGAUGAACCUUGUACACUGUCAAACUUGUGUAUUAUUCCAAGAUUGAGACAUGAUAUAGUUUGAGUAACCAGUUGAUGGCAGUGUGCCAGGAGUGAGCAGUUUGGGUGCAACACACCUGUAACCUCUGUAUGUUUCAGCAAGUGUGUCUCUUAUGGUUUGCAAAGCUUUAAUUAAGCCCUAAUACUAGUAAUUUAGCCCCAAAGGUUAAAGUACAGGAGUCUUUUGAACUUCGGUUCAGCUUAUAUAGCACUGUUAUUUAUGGGGAAAGUCGAUUAUUAAUUACAUUGGUAUUGGUAACCAAGUAUGUAAUGGCAAUUUACAUUAAGAAAUGUACACUUUUAACAAUUGUAUACUGUGUCUGUAAAAUAAUUUCUUCUCUAUUCACAAAUGUUAGUUUAAAAUUACAAUUUAGAUAAAAUUUAAUGCAGUAAUCCUGUAAAUUUUAUUGUACUACUGUAAUGGAAACAAAAUUUUGUUUAGUUUAUUUUUCCAAUACAGUAGAAACAGCAUAAAAUGAAAGUGUGAUAUUGAUGUAUAAUGAUAUUGUUUCCUAGAAAGUACUGUAGUGAAGAUUUCACUUAUUGCUGAACAACAAUUAGUAAAUACAAGCACAUUAAGGUUGGCCUUUUCAAGUCUUCAGAGUUUAGGAGCUUUGUGUACCUGCAGGUAGCUUCAGUAACACAAGGACAUGAAGCAUUGUAAAGGCUAACUUCUAUAAUCACAUUGAUUUAAGGAUAACUUAAAUUAUAAUAUCAAUUUGUUUACAGUAACUUUACAUAUGGAAAGUGUUCUCAGGACAGCUAACCCAGGUAAGUUUAGACCUGGCACAACUCUAAAAGAUAAGUAGUAUACUAAUCAUUGCAAACACAUUGCAGUGUGUUUACAAUGAUUAUCUUGUUACAUCAACAGACUGUAUGUAAAGAUUUGUAUGUAAACAACAAUCUGUAUGUAAAGAUUUACAUAGUCUUUCGCACUCUCCUGAGUGCUUUGUCAAGUUCUGAGUAUGUGGUUAGGACGAGACUUGCAUCUCGACAACUAAUCACUGAUUAGUUGUUGAGAUGCAAGUCUCGUGCUUACCACAUACAGUACUCAGACCUUGACAAAGCAGUCAGGAGAGUGCAAAAGACCUGGUGUAAAUCUUCACAUAAAAUCCACAAACAUAUAAGAGAGGGGGUUUUAUAUUAUGGUUUUUAUCACUGCAUACAAUAAAACAUCUUUGUUCAUUUUAAUACCAAAUUAUUUGGAAAUUAAUUGUUUCAGUAAUUUUAACAAAUUUGGCACCAUAUGCCAUCAAGUGAUUAGUGUGUAAAUUAACUUGACUGGAACCUUUCAAUUCUUUCCAUUGAAAUUGGUAUUUCAGGCUUUAUGGCCAAUUUAGAGUCCUUUCAUUGAACUGGGUUCCAUUCAGGCAGGUUUUUCACUGUAUUUUAAUACAAGAUUCUUCCUUAACAAGAAGUACUUUGAGAAAAUCCGUAGGAGCUGUGAUGAGGAUUCAUACCUAUGCGCUGAGUCCCAGGCACAUGCCCCAAACAAGCAACUAGGUCACAACAUGGUCAAAAUGAUUGCAACCUGGAGUUCUACUCAGCCCACACGUAAUCCUGAGGCUUCUACUGAACCUGACCCAGGGUUUCGCACAAUUCCUCCAAACAACAGAGAGCCAGAGUGAAUGGGGGGAUUGUGUGAAAUCCUGGUUCGGCUUCAGUGGAAGCCUCGGGAAUCUUCGUGGGCUCAGUACAACCCCAGGUUGUAGUCCUUUUGACCAUGUUGUGGCCUAAUUGCCUGGGGCGUAUGCCUGGGAAUACUUGGCUAAUAGGUUCGAAUCCUCAUCACGGCUCCGACGGAUUUUCUCAUUAAUACAUCACUUUAGUGUGAUUUCUGUGCGUGUAAUGAAGUACUUUGUCGUACCUUCUUCUCUUUUGUCUAGUACUGUUUCAAAGAAGACACAUGUGUACUUUGAUAUGAUCUCAUGUUUUAUAACUGCUUAGUUCAUAACUUGACAAAAACAGUUUUACAUCCUUUGUUAAAUGAAGAUACAGUACUUAUGUUUGUUUUGAAAACCAUUAGACAUCCUGUAAUUUGUGAAUGGCAAUUCAAAACUGUUCUAAUUUAUUGCUGUCAAACCAAUAUUAAGAUGUCUUUCAAUGAUUUUGCAACUGUAACUUUGAGCAUUAUUGUACACACAAACACCUGGUUUAAAUUAGCACAGUGGUCAGCACAGAUUACUACCGACAGUUCCUGCAGGUUAGAAGGAACGUUGGGCAUGUUUUUUAAAUUGAUAUCUUACCUCUGUCUGCCUAUCAGUAAAUAUGUACCUGGGAGCUAGGCAACUGUUGUGAGUUGUAUCCUGGAAAAUGUCAGUCAUUAACCUAGGGGGACCUCGAUAAGCUUAAUAGGCCCCGACAAUGGUAAACCAUAACAAAUUCAUUUAGGAAUUACAUUUUAAAUUUACAGUAAUGGAAUUUAAUAGGAUUACAACGCAGUAUUUGCACUUUUCCUAAAGAAUUCUUGUCCUAAUUUUAUAUGAAAUGAAUUCAAAUGAAAUAAAUUCAUUUUAUCUUCAUUCUUAAAAUGAAGAUUGGUUUAUUUUUUCAACUCAAAUAUAACUUUGGCCAAUGAUAUUAAUGGGAAGCAGAUACAGUAGUUAUAAAUUAAUUAUAUUAAAUUAUUUGAUACAUAGCAAAUCUUUUGUUAAUUAUAUAAGAAAAGAUGUACACUUGAAAUGGUAUAUAUAUAAUAUAUAUUUAUUUUGCACAAUUUAUUUUAUAUUGUCUGCAGUUGCACAUAAUUGGCAGAAUAUAAAGUUAAGCUCGAGAGCCAUGUUCAUAUUGGCUUGCUAUAUUUAGGACCAUUUGAGUGUUAUGCCACAGAUGGUGCUACAUAGUCACCAUCUGUGACUAUGUAGGCCUGGUCGAGAGCCGGGCUGCGGGGCUACUAAAAGCCCCGAAAUCAUCUCAAGAUCUCAAGAUGUAGUCAUUAUAUGUUCUCCCCAGAACACAAAUAAUUUCAUAUCUAUUUACUCAAUAGCUUUAUUUUGGAGAAGAAAAUGAAACUCACAUGUACUCAACUUGUGUUUUUUAUAAGAAGAUAAAAAAAAGUGAUCUUUGUGGUAAGAUGAAAAAUUUUACAAUUUUUUAGCGGUAAAUUGUUUAAGAGAAACUAAGAAAUACAAAAAUGGGUUGUACAAUACUUCUUUGUAAUCCUAAAGAUUCCAAGUACAUUAUAAUCCUUAGAUUGCCGACUUAAUACUAAGUACUGUACUGUAGUGUCUUUUUCCUGUAUACACUUGUUUAGGGGUUAUCUUGAGAUGAUUUCGGGGCUUUAGUGUCCCCGCGGCCCGGUCCUCGACCAGGCCUCCACCCCCAGGAAGCAGCCCGUGACAGCUGACUAACACCCAGGUACCUAUUUUACUGCUAG